UUCAAAGAUAACAAAAUUCAUAGACUUGAAAUUCUUAACUUUUUUUUUUGUUGUUUUUUUAAAUCAUGUCGGUUAACACGCGUCGGUGUUCUGAUUUCCACGUUUACAGUUAACUUGUGACAGUGUUUUGACAGAAUAUGGCAUCGUCUGCUAUUACAACAGUUUUUUCGAUCCUUCUUUUUUAUUUGAUAUGGCACAUUUCAGGUAGGCUCAAAGUCAAUAAAAUUAUUUGUUUCUUCUUCUUUCAAAUAAAAAAAUCCAAAAUAUUACAGAAAAAAACCCACAAAUGUGUUUAGCUUUAUCAAUUUAUUUCAAUAUUAUUUGCAUAGGCAAGUAACAUUAACAAUUGAGCGGAAUAUUUGAUGUCAAUAAACUACAUCUAAACAAUGUACAAUUUUAUUUCAAAAUAAACUUUAUAGAGUAAAUCGUACAUUUUUAAAGAUAAUUCGAUUUAAAAAAUAAGUUUUUUUGUUUCUAAAAGAAAAGUAACCGCAAGAAGUAUACCAAAAGUCUCGGACACUUUAGGGAGUCACAUUAAGCCAGCACAGAGAUGAACAAAAGUCUCGGACACUUUAGGGAGUCAAAUUAAGCCAGCACAGAUAUGAACUUAAAAAUCAUGCCAUUUUGAUGAGUUUUGGAAGGUUGAUUAAAACAUACAAUUUAAUAUUCGUUCCUGCAGAUUGUUCGCUGACCUUAGAAGCCAACCCAAAAGAGAUCAACAUCGGCCUGACUGACAGCUUCUCCGUUAAAUGCUCUUACCUCAAAAACGGAAGUCAAAGUCUUUCAGCGCUGGUAUCUCUGAUUGUGUCCCGUGCGAACAACGGCUCCUCGGAAUACGAAGAGCUGGCGUCACUAAAUGUGUUCCUGGGUCAGCUGGUCAACGUGAUCACUCAGGAAAACGUCAAGGCCUCCGGCGCCAUCAACGCGACCGGUGAAUCAUUCAUCGAACUGACCUGGGACCUGCCCACCGAGGAUGUGGCUGGAAAUUACAAAUGUACAGCUCAGGGGCCCGAUAACGUCGGACACAACGUGGUCAUCGACUCAACUGUCGACGUCAAGUAUUCGCCCCCCGACGACAACGCCUUGCUGAAUAAGAUCCGUCAGCUGAACGCGCACCUGAAGCAGGUUGAAGAUAACUUGAAUUUGAUCAAAACCGAGUACGCGGGUCGGUUGGCUCAACUUUCAGAAAACGCUUCUUCGGUGCUGGCCAUCUGUGAACAAAAUGCGCGAGAGAUCGAAGCUCUGAAACAGAACGGGCAGUCGACCAGUGGUGAUAUGAAGCUUUGGCUGGAUGUUGUGAGGACAUUGCUUUUUUUCGACAAAUCUGAGAGCGCCAACGCCACUUACUGGUUGUCCAAAAACACGUUCAACAACGUGCAGGAGGCUGAGAAUUUGUGUAAGUCGUACAGCGGCAAGCUGGUUGAGAUCAACUCACCGGAACAAUACACCGUGGUCAGGGAUUUUUUAAGCAAAAACUACACCGGGGUGCGUUUUGUUUAUGUUGGGGCCACCGAUGAACAGACUGAGGGCAGCUGGGUGUACAGAAGCGACGGGAGACCCGUCGAGUUCACCGCUUGGUCCGCGGAUCAGCCGAAGCAGGGCACUGAUUUUAACUGUAUGUUCUUGGAAUCCUCCCUGGACUGGAAAAUGUCUGCAUAUCGCUGUGCCUCACUUAAUCCCAUCCAUGCUGUUUGUGAGAUGGCUUAGAAUCAUGUUAUUGUAAAAACUUCAUUCCCGACAUUUACAUCUUCGCUGGUUUCUAUCGCGUGUUUUUAACAAAAUGUCUUUAUAAUCUAGCUAGGGCAUUUGAAGCUCUCUCCUCGAAUAGAAGAAUAUUCACACCCAAUAACUUCAGAUCAUUCUGCUAUAAAUGAAACAAAUAAAUGUUGCUGUGAAUAGUU